ACCAUCUAAAGAAAAAAAAGGUCACAGUCAGUUACUCCCUUUAGAUCAGUGUUCACUGGAACAUCUGUAGGCACACGUACACACUCUCUCUACCGUCAGCCUCUGCUUGCCACAGUCAGAGUGGGCAGUCAGUGAAUCUUCCCCAAGUGCUGACAUUUAAUACCUCGUUUAACGGCAAAGAUUCAGAGAGGGGUGAGUAGCCCCUCUGGCCUUCAGGUAAAAGAUCUACACAGCCACGAUCAGAAAAUAUGUCACUACAGAUGAUAACAGUCAGUAAUAACAUAGCCUUAAUUCAACCGGGCUUCUCACUGAUGAAUUUUGAUGGCCAACUUUUCUUCUUUGGCCAAAAAGGCUGGCCCAAGAGGUCCUGCCCUACUGGAGUAUUCCAUUUUGAUGUGAAGCAUAACCAACUCAAACUGAAGCCUACAGUUUUCUCUAAGGAUUCCUGCUACCUUCCUCCUCUUCGCUACCCAGCCACUUGCAUGUUCAAAGGCAGCGUAGAGCCUGAAAAGUAUCAAUACAUUAUCCAUGGAGGGAAAACACCAAACAAUGAGCUUUCAAAUAAAAUUUAUGUCAUGUCUAUUGUGUGUAAGACCAACAAAAAAGUUACCUUUCGCUGCACUGAGAAAGACCUGGUAGGAGAUGUCCCUGAAGCCAGAUAUGGUCAUUCCAUCGACGUGGUGUAUAGCCGGGGGAAGAGUGUGGGUGUUCUCUUUGGAGGACGAGCAUACAUACCAUCUGCUCAAAGAACCACAGAAAAAUGGAACAGCGUAGCUGACUGCCUGCCCCAUGUUUUCCUGCUGGAUUUUGAAUUUGGGUGCUCUACGGCGUACAUUCUUCCAGAACUUCAGGAUGGGCUGUCUUUUCAUGUCUCCAUUGCCAGAAACGAUACCAUUUAUAUUUUAGGAGGGCAUUCACUUGCCAAUAACGUCCGCCCUGCCAACCUAUAUAGAAUAAGGGUCGAUCUCCCCUUGGGUAGCCCAGCUGUGAACUGCACAGUUUUACCAGGAGGAAUCUCUGUCUCCAGUGCAAUCCUGACUCAAACAAAUAAGGAUGAAUUUGUUAUUGUGGGUGGCUAUCAGCUUGAAAAUCAGAAAAGAAUGGUCUGCAAUAUCGUCUCUUUCGAAGACAAUAAGAUAGCAAUUCGUGAGAUGGAGACCCCGGAUUGGACCCCGGAUAUUAAGCACAGCAAGAUAUGGUUUGGAAGUAACAUGGGAAAUGGAACUGUUUUCCUCGGCAUACCAGGAGACAAUAAGCAGGUUGUUUCAGAAACAUUCUAUUUCUAUAUGUUGAAAUGUGCUGAAGAUGACAUAAAUGAAGAUCAGAAAACAUUCACAAAUAGUCAGACAUCAACAGAAGACCCAGGGGACUCCACUCCUUUUGAAGACUCAGAAGAAUUUUGUUUCAGUGCAGAAGCAAAUAGUUUUGAUGGUGAUGAUGAAUUUGAUAUCUAUAACGAAGAUGAUGAGGAAGAUGAAUCUGAGACCGGCUACUGGAUUACAUGCUGCUCUACUUGUGAUGUGGAUAUCAACACUUGGGUACCAUUUUAUUCAACCGAGCUAAACAAACCUGCCAUGAUCUAUUGCUCCCAUGGAGAUGGGCACUGGGUCCACGCCCAGUGCAUGGAUCUGGCAGAACGCACACUCAUUCAUCUGUCAGAAGGAAGCAACAAGUAUUACUGCAAUGAGCAUGUGGAGAUAGCAAGAGCACUGCAAACCCCUAAAAGAGUCCCACCCUUAAAGAAGCCUCCACUGAAAUCGCUCCAUAAAAAGGGUUCUGGGAAAAUUCUUACUCCUGCCAAGAAAUCCUUUCUUAGAAGGUUGUUUGAUUAGUUUUGCAAAAGCCUUUAAGAUUCAAGUGCAUUGGAUUUUUAAACCUGUUUUGAAGAACCAUAACACUGAUAAAAUUACAUUUCUAUUUUCAUUUAUUGAUAAUGUCUGUUUUCUUUUAGUGAUAUGAAUUCAGUGCCAGUAAAAAGUGCUUAUAAUACAAUGCUAAAUACUUGAAGAUAUUUUACUCCAAGAUAUCUUAAAUGAGAAUUUCUGAUCUGAAUUUUGUUAUUCAAGGAAUCUUAAAUACAGAAGCAAUAAUAAUAAUCAAGAUAGAUAGAUAGAUAGAUAGA